UUACGUAUUUAAUAUUCUCUGUCCGUGCUACUCUAAUAGUACAUAUACUACUACCACGAAUGGUUACCUUUACAGUCGAGCAGCUGAAUUGCCAGCUACGUUGAUAAGCAACAACGGUCCUACGCUCUUUCGCGUAACAUCGCAAACAUGCGACCUCCGAGAAUCCUCAUCCUUGUUCUUUUCUUCGCCGCCUGUCUCUUCCUCCUAUGUCGUGCGAUUACAACGGUCGGCCGUCCCGCACCUGUCAUAUCUUCGCCCCAAACAACACAGAAAUCCGGCUUCAAAUCUCUGUUCUCCUUCUCGACGCCUUUUACCCUCUUCCCACCGAACGCUAUUAUCACCAUAGCCGACGACAACAGUACCUCAUUCGCGGCCAGGCCUGCGGCUUUUGGGCCCCCUUUGCCGGGGAAGGGCAUGGAUGGACAGUUAUGGAUUGGGAGUGGUUUUACUGAGGAGUCUCUGCAAAAUGGAGAGGGCGAGGGCGAGUUGGGCUGUAGUGAUGUACCUGGUUGGGACGAUGGCACUUCGAGUGCUGUCCUCAAGCCAUCGACAAAGGAAAUACAAAAUAAAUUCAAAACUGUCGCUGAUGUCGGUAAGACAAAAAAACAGAAACGGUCUGAUACUAAGAGCCCUCUGGUCGAUCGAAUCGCCGUUUCCGAGUCAGAGCCUAGAUCCGGAUCCAAACCCAAACUUAAGCCGAUUGACGAUGGGACCGACGAUUACCUCCACCAAAAUCCUGAUAAAUUGGUUAAUCCGCAGAGUGACGCACUAGGGUUUUCGAGUUCCAGCCAUGCCGAUAUUCAGUCAAUACAGGAGGGGGCCGAGAUCGCCGGCAAGAUAGUCUUGCUAAGCCGUGGUGGCUGUGGUUUUCUCGAAAAAGUAAAAUGGGCCCAGCGGCGGGGGGCCAUUGCUCUUAUCGUCGGUGACAACCAAAGAGGAGGCCCAUUAAUACAGAUGUAUGCCCAUGGGGAUACUUCCAAUGUCACUAUCCCUUCUAUCUUCACAUCUCGCACGACCGCGUAUCUACUCUCGCUCAUGAUGCAACCUGGAAGCUUCAUCGAAGAUAUAAUCGAUGAGAACGGCAAACCUUCUUUGAAAGUACAACAGUCCGACAGGGCUCGGAAGAACAGGAAGCCAAGGGGAGCGGCUGCGCUGGCUCAGCCUCUAGGAACGGUUUCAAAACCGAGAGGCGUGAAAACCCCGCCGGCCAAGAAGCUUCCAUCAUCGAAAAAUGAGUCAGCAGGACCAGCAGUAGGCUGGCUUUCUAGAGUAUUGAAUUGGGGUACCAGCCCCAGUUCCAUUUCGGCCGGAAGCCGCCCGCCUAGUAGUGGCCAACUCGACUGGGUCAUAGUCGAGGAUUUUUCGGACGAAAAGGAUAAAAUCAUAAAAACUAGUCUGGACCGUGCUUCCAAAGCAAGGUCGGACAGCUCUUCAAGGACAAAGGACAGACAAGCCCCCGAUGAUCACUUUCAGAUAGGGGUAGAAGACUGGCGGGAUCCAGACUUAGUUGGUUCUACGGGUGAAAACGAGAAGCCAGAGAAGUCUUCGGUAGAGGCCAAUAGCAAGUGGGUCAAAUCGAAUUCAAGGAUUAAUCAAGCCUCUGGCUCUAGAGUGUCAGAAAAUAAGAAACAAAAAUUUAACGUACCACCACCGAUGGGAGGCAGAGUCACCCCUAACAGCGGGGAAUAUGCGGCAGAUCAUAUGCCCGCGAAGGGGUUCGACGCUUUCGGAUCCGCCGAAGGAAAAACGUCGCCUUCGAGGAAUGGGGGUCUCAUUUCUAAAAUACUAGGAGACGGUGAUGGAGAGGAUCUUACCAAAGUCGAAGCCAAGCCUAAAUCUGUGGACAAGGCAAGUGUCGAAAAAUCCACUAAAUCUGGAGAUCUUCCCAAUGAGCGAGAAGGCCUUUGGGUUGUUAUUACCCCCUCUAGUGGUGCUAGCCCUUUCUUUGAUACGCUCUUAGUUCUAGUUAUCAGUCCUCUUAUAACACUCACGGUAGUGUAUGCUCUCCUUAUCUUGCGGGCGCGCAUUCGGCGAAGACGAUGGAGAGCUCCGAAAUCCGUUGUCGAGCAGCUCCCGGUUCGCACGUACCACACCGUGGCAUCCACACCAAGUCGAACGUCCCGGGUACCAUCUCCCGCUAGUUCGUCCCCCACGACACCAUUACUCCAGAGUCAACACGGCCCUUCAAGGCCCAGGCCCCGAUCGCGGACUACUACUAGUGUACCGUCAGCCAGCGAGCUGCUACAGGUUGAGUCUUCGUUACCGCUUCCUAGAUCUACGUCACGCGCGGAGCACGAGAAGCGUAAUACGCAGACUUCAAGCGAGUGGAAAAAGUAUAUGAGCCGGCAAGUCGAGUGUGUCGUUUGUCUAGAAGAAUAUGUCGACGGCGUUAGCCAAGUUAUGAGUCUACCCUGUGGCCAUGAAUUCCACGUGGAUUGCAUAACGCCGUGGUUGAUAACACGACGACGAACCUGUCCUAUCUGCAAAGGUGACGUUGUCCGAUCCUUAGCUCGAGGGAUGCCAUCUAGCCCACGAUACGAGCCAUACCAAGAUGAUAGUGACGAGGACCUGUCAAUGCAAGCAACGAGCUCCUCGUCUUCCAAUGCCCCCCUGAGACAAGUAGACGAUACCGAUAUAGAGCAGGGAACUUCAACAGGCUCCCACCGCUCGCAUCAAGAGGGUUGGUUCGGUACGUUUAGGGACAGCCUGCGUGUCGGAUUCCUGUCUCGGUCUAGGCAAACAUCGGAAGACAUCAAUAAUCGGGAUAGGUGAUAAGUACCCUCCCUAUAUGAUAUACUUUUACUUGACAGGAUUGGCGUUGGGUCAUAUUAUAGCGACAUGACUUCAUUACAUACUGGUUACGGUCGGAGAACGCGUCAGGGACAUGGCAAGGGGCUCGGAAUGGGAUUAGGAGCAUGAACUAUUUCGCUCCUCUAUUGGGUUGUUACAUGUACACGCCUUUUUCAAAGGGCGUCUCUUUUAGUGAAAGGCGUGUAAGCAUUUACUGGUUGGCCUUUGGAUUAUAGGGAGUAAUAGGCUGUAGAGAACGCGUUAUACCUAGGCAGCUAGCUAGGAUGAGGAGUAUUAUACCCUGUGUAUACGUGAAUGGUUGCGAGUAUAAAUUCGGCUUGCUAUCGUGAUUUGGUAUUGACAUAAGUACAUACCUAGGUACAUAGGCGUUAGACUCUUCAACGUCGCCGUAUGUGGUCAAAGCUUUUCCAAAAAUGGAAAGUGGGUAUUCAAGACCCGCAAUGAUUUAUAUGGGGGUCAGUCAUCCAUGGAUGAUUGCUAAGGC